AUGGCAUUGACGAGAGAACAAUUGAAAGAUAUCGAAACUAAAUUGGUCGAGCUGGCCGCCAAAGAAGUGGGCCCACUGCUCAAGGAAAAAGCCGGAACUCAAUUUGAAGCUUACGACGAUAAAGCAAACCAAGUUGACCUCGUCACUGCUGUAGACAAAAAAGUCGAAUCGAUCAUCAAUGAGGCGCUCACAAAACUGUAUCCUGACUUCAGAUUUGUCGGAGAAGAAACGUACCGUCCCGGCGACACGGAGAUUGGCAACGAGCCAACGUUUAUCGUCGAUCCUAUUGACGGCACGACAAACUUCAUUCACGGCUACCCUUACAGCUGCACAUCGAUAGGGCUUGUAGAAAACGGUGUGCCGGUGUGUGGCGUUGUGUUCAACCCACAUCUGGACCAGAUGUACCAUGCCUCUGCUGGAAACGGUGCGUUUUUGAACGGCAAGCCCAUCAAAGUUGCAGAGCGGGACUUGAAGCUCCAGAAAUCGGUCAUUGCCCUUGAAUCCGGGUCCGAGCGUUCGUCGGGUUCUUCUGGCGACGACAACUUCGAUAUCAAGCAGGCAACCUACAGAAACCUGUUGAGCGACCAAGGUGCCUACAUCCACGGCAGCAGAAGCUGCGGCAGUGCAGCCAUGAACAUGUGCAUGGUGGCUACAGGAAUGCUGGACGCCUACUGGGAAGGUGGCUGUUGGGCCUGGGAUGUGUGUGCUGGAUGGUGUAUUCUGACGGAGGCCGGUGGUGUCGUUGUGGGAGGCAACCCUAACGAGUGGAAAGUCCCUGUGGACGACCGUUGCUAUCUUGCUGUGAGAGGUGGCUGCUCGCAUCCGUCACAAAAGUCGUUUGUAGAGGGAUUCUGGUCUCAUGUUGCUGGCAAACUAAAGUACCAUUGGUGA